UCAGUAUAAUGGGACAUGGUCAUGUUUCAGGUCAAUAAAAACUUUUUCCUGUAUUUGUCAGGACCACCUCCUCCUCUUCCACCACUUCAACCAUCAGGAAUGGAUGCACCCCCCAAUUCCAUUACGAGUGCUGUUCCCACCAUUGUCACUUCUGGAAUGCGCUCUUCGGUGCCUCCAAUGUCCGCACCACUUUUCCCCUCAGAUACCUAUGAGACUGACGUGUAUAAUCCUGAGGCUCCCAGCAUCACCAUCAGCUCCAGGCCAAUGUACCGCCAUCGUGUCAAUGCCCAGAGGCCCAACCUGAUUGGUCUCACAAUGGGGGAUGUGGACCAGCCACAGAGAGACAAGGUUCCAAACAACAAUAUGAGGAUCGUGAUGGACUCUGGCAUAAGAAAGAGACCAGUUGGUCCACAUGAUGGAGGCAUUGUGCACAAGAAACCUUGGUUUGACAAGCCUAACUAUAACAAGCCCAACCACCUGGGCUACUACAGGAGAGGCCCAUUCAACUCCCCCAACACAAAGCUGCUGGUUCGGCAAAUUCCUCCCGAGCUCAACAACAUCAGCAAGCUCAAUGAUCAUUUCAGCAAGUUUGGAACCAUCGUCAACCUUCAGGUGGCGUACCAGAACGACCCAGAAGGUGCGCUGAUCCAGUUUGCAUCCCCAGAUGAGGCCAAGCGGGCCAUACAAAGCACAGAGGCUGUCCUCAACAACCGCUUUAUUCGGGUCCAUUGGUUCCGUGAGAACGGAGGUGAUGGUCACGGCCAGCCUUACCCACAGCAGGUGCAGCCCCCGCCUGUCACACAGCCCUCAGCAACAUCGUUGAAACAGUCCGUCAAAGAUCGCCUUGGGCCUCUUCUCACUGCAAACUCCGAGCCUUCCCAGGACUCCACCGUAGCCGCCCAGAAUUCUGCCAAAGCAUCAGUGAAGGAGCGUUUGGGUUUCUCCACCAAACCCGCCACUCCUGUCGAGAAGGUGUUUUCUACCUCUGCGGGCCUUUCCAAGACCGUAUACAAUCUUGCAGCCGGGAAAGCUGUCCAGAAAACCACAGAGGAUGCCCUGAAGAAGAAGCAGCAAGCCCUAAGGUUACAGCAAGAUGUAAGGAAGAAGAAGCAGGAAAUACUGGAGAAGCACAUUGAAACACAGAAGCUCCUCAUCUCCAAACUGGAGAAGAACAAAGCGAUGAAAGCCGAGGAUAAAGCCAAGAUCAUGCAAACCUUGGGCACCCUGACCAAGAGCAUCACCAAGCUCCAAGAAGAGAUAAAAGGAAUCUCGAGCAGCCGCAACCUUCUGCACGCAGCCAAGAGCAAGGCCCAAGCUCAGAAAGAACUGCUUGAUGCAGAGCUGGACCUCCACAAGAAGACUCAAGCUGGGGAGGACACAGCUUUGUUGAAGCUCAAGUACACCCAGCUGCAAAUCGAGGCGGCUAAAAGGGGACUCCUGGCACCGGGCCGGGGACGGGGCCGAGGGGCGCCAGCUCGAGGCCGCGGCGCUCCAAGAGCCCGGGGACGGGGGAGCAGAGGGCGGGGACGAGGCGUCUCACUGCACGCAGUCGUGGACCAUCGACCACGAGCUCUUCAGAUCUCUGGUUUCACCGAGCCCGAGCGAGUAGAUCUGCUGCCACACUUUGCUCAAUUUGGAGAAAUAGAGGACUGUCAGAUCGAUGACAACGGCCUGUCAGCAAUCAUCACCUACAGGACAAGAGCCGAGGCAGAGCAGGCAGCCCUUCACGGCCUCAGGUUGAACUCCCACUAUUUACACCUGGCCUGGCACAAACCUGCCAUCACGCUGAGUGCUGCGGAUGCUAACGAGGCCGAAGCAGAGGAGGAUGAGUAUCCUGAAGAAUCCCUGAGUGACGAGGCCUUGCUGCAGGACGACGACGAGGAGGAGGACGACAACGAGCCUCGCUCCUGGCGAAGAUGAAGAUCUCCUGCAGUUUUAUUUAUUCCACUGCCUGUUCAUUCAUCCGCAGCCAAGAAACUUUGAUUUUAAUAUGUUUUCCACAGGCAACCUUUUUUUUUAUGCUCUUAAUGUCGAUUUUUUUUUUUUCCCCUUGGGAUCAUUUUGGAUCAUAGAAGUGUUAGUUUGUCCGUUUGUUACCUUUUGAACUCGAGCUUUUUGUGGAGUAGUACUACAGUAUUGAUCACAUGUAAAUAUUUUAUGUCUGCUUUGAAAUAAUUUGUACGAAAGCUUAGUUUCUCAGUUAUUUGGCUUCAACUUUGAAUUGUAAAAAAAAAAAAAACAAACCCAAAAAAUAAAGAAUUGAAAUGGUCAGGAAACACUGCCAGGAAAAGGGUUGAAAAGAGAAAAAAGUAUGGCAGUGAAAAGAUUCACCCUUUAAAAAGUUGCAAAUGACCAUUUCAAAAAAACCAAAAAAAACCUU